AUGUCUGAGGACGACGAAAAACGCACGAAACAGCUGGAAGAAGCCAGAAAACGGGUGGAAGAGUUGAAGAACAGAAGAAAGAAGAAGGACCAGAAGAAGAAGAAAGUGGAACCCGCUGAAAGUAGCAACGAAACCGAGGAAAAAACGCCAGAAGCAGUUGAGUCAAAAUUGGCCGAUGCCGAAUCUGCUUCAAAUGUCGAAAGUGGGCAAAAGACGGAGUCCAAUACAACAGAAUUAAAGGUGGAAUCAGAAGACGCUGCACCUGAGGUGGAAUCAGAAGACGCUAUACCCGAAGUGAGACCUGAAGUGGAACCAGAAGUGGAAUCUAAUGCUGCGCCACAGACAAAUGCUUUGGAUUCAGAGAGUUUUAAGAAUAAUCUUGAUUCCACUGUAGCACAGGAGAAAUCAGUCCAGGAAACCGCAACUACUGAAGAAAACAGGGGGUCCAACGAGUCGAAACAGGAAGACCCAGCUGAGAAAGAGCCACAAGUGCCACAACAUGGUUCUGUUCCUGACGAAACUUCUUCUUUGUUCCCUGAGGAGACAACCUCGUUUCUGUCAGAAUUGCAACGCGAAAACGACCGCAUCGCACUGAUAGACCUCCAAACACAGGUGACUACUCUCACAGCUGAAGUUCGUAAACUAAAGUUUGUCAAUAUGGAACAAGAGACCACAAUAGAGGAGUUGCAAGAGCAAGUGCACGAACUAGAGGCCCAAUUGAGUGCGUCACAGCUGGAACUUUCAAGAGAAAAGCAAAAUAAUGCAGGGUAUCAAGCAACUGGUGGUCCCCAAGACUAUUUGGAGCCUACAAAACAGCCAAGUUUUGCUCCUGUAAUCGAUCGUACUGUGCUUGACAAGUGGAGGGGCUGGAAUGUCGACAUGACGCAAUGGAGAAGCAUUGGAUCCGGGCCAGUGGUGCAUCUAUAG